UGUCAUCGGCGCGCGUCCCUGCCGGAUUGAGUAUUUUUGGACAGGACAAACGGUGAUGAUUGUGUACAAUAUCAUACAGCAGUGUGCUAAAGUGUCCCGUUUCACCGCAAAACCGGACAAGUGAUAAAGCACGCGAGGGGCGUGAGUGAGAAACGCGGGGAGUUAGUUGACAUAGUCUGUGGGAAGUGGUUGAGACUGCUCUUUUGCAUCUUGCUGCUGUCAUCUUAAACAAUGGAGGAGCCCCAUGUUCACUGCAUGUCCUGCAUAAGCAGGCGAUGCAUGGUAAAACCUGAACCCGGCACCUCCUGUGACCUCAUCACCUGCCCUCUUGUAUGCGGUGCCAUCUUCCACAGCUGCAAGGCUAUUGAACACAAGCUGCUGUGCCCGCUUGAAAGGGUGCCAUGUCUUAACCACAGCAUUGGAUGCCCUUUUACCCUGGCCCGUGGCCAGAUGGCGGAGCACCUUGAGGUGUGUCCUGCAGGUGUGGUGUGCUGCACAAUGGAGUGGAAUAGGUGGCCAGUGAAUUACGAGGAUUAUCGUUCGUAUGAGCGACUGAGUCAAGAAGCAGAUGAGGUGGAGCAGCUUGACAUGGCGCUCGCCCUUCAGGACCAGCGCACCAUGUUAGCAUCACUUAAACUCGUCUCUCUGGCUCCCACUAGUGGACCAGAGAAAAAGACUCAGGCAGUAGGACAACGUGAAAAGCCUGGUUUAGUCUCAGUUGCUCAGGUGGAGAACAUUGAGAUGGAGCCUACGGCUGGCUGUUCAAAAGACAAGAUUUCCAAUGGGAUUAAUGGUCUAAAAGAAGAACAUUACGGGGGGCUCUACCAAACCACGGUUGAGACAACCAAAAGCCUGGCCGCAGCUCUUAACGUCCUGAUCCACCUCAAUUCUUCUGAAACAGACUGUACAACUACUAAUGCGUCAGCUGCACUUCCAGAGCGCAAUGGGGAACGGCAUGAGAAGGUGAGGAUGAGAGAAGAUGCCGGGUUCAGCUGUGAUAAAAUAGCCAGUGGAGUCAAUGGGCUAAAGGAGGAUCUACAGCCUCAACAGCACCAAAAACUCAUGGAACUUGGCAGGAAUUUGGCCUCUGCGCUCGGUGCAUUAGGAGAUGUUGUCAAAGGCACUGAGACAAUUAACGAGAAUGGUAAGCAAUCAGAAACGUUGGAGUCUCCAGAUGUUGAUAUGAAGGACGUUACUUCGGAGGUUGAUGGUGAGCCUAGGGCUGUUGGGGGAGUUGAUGGUGGAGAAGCCACUUUAGCUGGUGUAGCUCAUGAGGCAGCAGGUGAGUGUUGCCCAGUCAUGUUAGGAGACAUAGAUAGGCAAGGUUUCUGUAAUGGCUCUCAUAGUAUUGUAGAUGAAAUAAUGGAAUCGACCACAGAACACCAUCAAAAUCCAGAGUCCCGAGGUUCUCGGGAGUUUGUCGGUCCUUUAGUUCCUCAUAGACCAGAGAUCAGACACGACCAACACGCUUUCUUGAUCCAGGAGGCCUCUGGAUCACAAGCCCCAUUGCUGCAGCAGCCUAUACAUGCUCAGACUUUGACCGUCCAGAGAGACAACAUGCUACCUGUGAUGGCAUUAGACUUUGAAGAUAGGGCUUUUGAGAGGAAACUCCAAAACCUUCAGUUGCUGCGCAAUUUUAUGCCACUUGCACUUAACGGACGGAAGGGGUCGUUUACCGAAGUGUUUCCCUAUAGAAAUCCACGUUGCAAAAUGGAGGACAAAGCUGUGGACACAUCAGAUUUAGAUCAGGAGCCAGUGGACGACCCCAUGGGACUCGGCGAAAUUGACUUUACGGCGGCAGCUCUUCUGUUCUGCCUGGAGGAGUCGCCACGGGCUCGGAGGAUAUCCGACACGGUCUAUGCGUUUGGGGGUACACGUGUUGACUUCGGCACCCAGACGUUUAGUUUCCCUGCUGCCAUCUUGGCAACAAGUACGAUGGUGGGAGAGGUCGCGUCCGCUUCCGCUUGCGAUCGAGCCGCACCUCGCCUUUCACAGCCAAGUCCGUUUUGCACUCUUCGGCUCGAUCUGACGCUGGAGCAGCUUGUGCCUCGCCCAAGCUGGGCUCCACGAGAGGGCUCCAUGUUCACCUUUGAGUGCGGCCAGCUCUUCCGUCGAGAAGAGUUCCUCUCGCAUUUCCGAAAUGUUCAUGGAGAUAUCCACUCUGGACUCAAUGGCUGGAUGGAGCACCGUUGUCCGUUAGCGUAUUACGGCUGUACGUACUCUCAACGAAGACUCUCCCCAUCCACUCAAGGGUCAAAGGUUGUUCACGACCGCCACCUCAGGUCAUUUGGGGUGAAACCCAUCUCAAAACCUGUAAUAGUACCUAAGUGCGAUCACCUUAGUGGUUUGCCGUUUGAAGUACUUCAACAUGUAGCCCGAUUUCUGGAUGGCUUUGGCCUGUGUCAGCUGUCAAUGGUGUCUCGUACGAUGAGGGAUGUUUGUGCCAGUCUGCUACAGAGCCGUGGCAUGGUGGUGGUUCAGUGGGAAAAGAAGCAAUAUUUGGAUGGAAGACGAUCCUGGCAGAUAAAAGACAAGGUUUGGCGGUUCAGCACAGCCUUUAGCCCGGUUAACAGGUGGGAGUUUGCGGACAUCACUAGCAUGGCUGACCACCUGAAACGAUGCCCAUACAACGAAGUCCUCCGCCAAGUGGAGGCGGUUCCUCUGCCCUGCAUGUGCACGACCAGAGAGCUGACGCGCGACGGCAGAUCGCUUCGGUCCGUUCUCAAGCCAGUGUCAUAA